AUGCCAAUGGAUGACAGUCAAUUUAAUAUACUAACAGAAAAGCUAGAGUUAUCAGAUGGAGGGUUGAGUUAUCUGGAUUUUGUGGCAAUACUGGAAGAUGCCAGAUUGAAUGGGCCAGGACCUACACUAUGUAACAGCCCAAGCCACAGAGUAAAUGGUGCUAAAUAUCACUACAUGACUGCUGAAGAAUGUCUCAGUCAAAUUAAUGAUAAGCUGAUGGAAGCCUAUGGGGACACCUAUUCUGCCUUCCGUGAAACAGACAGUAACCAUGACGGUAUCAUCAACAUGCUUGACUUUCGGCAAUUCUUGGACAGCUUUCUGCUUUGUCUUAGAGAUGAGAAAUUCCUGUGCCUACUUGGUUUGUUGGGAGUGAACCUGACGUCCACAUUAAAUUACCAAGAAUUCUGUAAACUGUUCCACACCCAAGAAACUAAGGAGUUACCUCCUUGGCUUGUGCCAUCUCACAAAAAAAAACAGAUGAUAACGGAUGCAGAGCUAGCUUGUGAUCACGCUCAUUACUACCUUGUUAUCAAAGCAAGAACCAGAUGGCAUGACCUAGCAAGGAAUUUUCAGGAAUUUGACAGUGAAGGAAAUGGCAUUAUACAGCCAAGGAACUUGAAGAAAGUCUUGUUCAGAUUUGGCAUUCCAAUCACCCCGGAAGAAUUUAAGCAGCUUUGGGCGAGGUGUGAUACAGAUGCAAAGGGAUAUCUUACUCACUAAGAAUUUUUACAGAAACUGGGGAUAGCAUUUGCACCCGCAGACACGGGGCUCAGCAGAUGCAUCAUGGAAGACAGUUAUGCACAUUUACAAGCACAUAAUAUUAAUCAACAAAAGAAGCAUUCAAAGCUGGAAGAGCACCAGAAACAACAAACUAAAGCUCUGCGUGUAAGAGAAAUUAAAAAGCAGAUCACGGAUAAAUUCAGGGAUUACUUCCAAGAUUUCAAUAAGGCCUUUCAUAAAGUGGAUAAAAAUAGAGAUGGCUACAUAACUGUAUAUGACCUGCACAGGAUACGACAAGAGUUCAACUAUUACCUUCAUCAUGAUCAGUUCAGUAGUCUUCUAAACAGCUUAGGAAUCAGCAUUCAUGACAGCAAGCUCUCUUAUUUUGAUUUUCUGAGAGCAACUGAUGAUGGCAGAGCAUCUAAAAUCCAACAGAGACAAAAGCAGGCUGCACCACCUGCAAGCUUUGUAGCACUCAGCUUAGAACAGACUCUAAUUAAGAUAAAAGAAAUAGUUGCAUCACUUUAUCAUUUGUUGUACAAGGCAUUUUCUUUAUUUGAUAAAGACGACACUGGAGUAAUUAAAGCACUGGAAUUUCAGUAAGUGCUUGACCAUUUCUGAUUUAAAUUAUCAGACAAGCAGUUCAGGCACCUUCUCAAGAGCCUUAACCUUUGUGAGGACUUCACAGUAGACUGGAAAGUUUUCCUGAAAAACAUAAAGCACCUCAGAGAGACUGAGGAAGGGCAAAAAGUCAUUCCGCCUAAGUCUUCUCGGGAGCUGUCAGAGAGAGGCAUCCUCUCACAGAUACAAGAAGUAGUGACUGCUGGUUUUAACAAAAUUGCACAAGGGUUUAAAGAUACUGACUCUUCAAAAGAUAAUACAGUAUCAAAAGAGGAGUUCCGGGAUGUAUGUAACUGACAUUUUCAGCAUCUGACUGAAGAACAAUUUGAAAAUCUUUGGAACACAGUGGAUGUCAGGGCUGGAGGAUGGUUGAAGUAUCAGGACUUUUUGAAGAAGUUCAGCUCAGAACUUGCAGCAAUGUCAUCAACCACUCCCAGUGCAACUAGUUCUGCAACCUCUACCAAGGCAGCUACCUAUGCUGUGCAGAAGCCACGUGUGUCUUCUCAGCCUGAACGUCCUAAGACAUCACCUCUAGUAGGGCAAAAGAGUAUACCUGCAUCCAGUCGUCCUCAGACAACAACAACUUGUUCUGCACCUAUCCUUAACUGUGGAACAAUAGAAAAUAAGAUAAGAAAGAACAUCCAACAUUCCUGGAGAGGCAUGCUGAAACUGUGCCAAGAGAAGGAUGUCAGCAAGCUAGGAGAAAUCCCAGUGUCAGACUUCCUAGAUAUAGCAGAGAAGUUCAAUUUGGAUUUAACUGAAGGGGAAAUUAACCACAUAACAAAAAAAUAUGAUUUAAAGAAAAAUGGAAGAUUUGCAUACUAUGAAUUCCUUCAGAGUUGUAUCUUGUUAUUAAAACCACAGGAAAGCUCACUGCUACAGAGGGUGAUUAUACAGAAGCCACAAAAGCCGAUGAGUCCUGGACCACAAACCACGUCGUUCUUCAGUGCAAUGCUGAGAAUUCAGCCCCAGAUCUUGCGCUGCUGGAGACCAAUGAAGCGAACUUUUAAAUCCUAUGAUGAAAGUCAUACUGGACUGUUACAUAUUGCAGAUUUCAGACAAGUUCUUCAUGAUUACAGCAUUGACCUAACUGAAGAAGAGUUAUUCAACAUUUUGGAAUAUUAUGAUAAAACUUUGUCUUCAAAAAUAUCCUAUAAGGAUUUUCUCCGGGCAUUCAUACAGUAG